UCUUGUAAUUUGAUAUCAGUCUACUUUCCUACCCACCUUCCAAUUGGCCAUGUUUACUUUCUUUAGUUUUAUUUAUACGCAAAAAACACAGCUAAGCCUCUCCUCCCGCUCCCAGUUCCCACUUUCCAUUUCCCCAUCCUCUUUUGCACUCGUUCCAACUCUACUUGCUCGGUCUUAUAUAAUCCUUCCCACCAUCCAUCCUUCUUCAACAUAAAGCUGAUAAAAGAGUAAAUUUCCCUCACUUUCUCUUUCCCUUCAAUUAUCGGCUAAUUGAAAUGGCCCUGUCUUCAUCAAUAUCCAUAUCACCAAGAAAGCUCAGAAAUGAUCUCUACUCACAUUCGUAUCAAGAAGAUUCCAACAUCCCAUUAGUCAUUUCCGUUCUUUCUUCUCUGAUUGAAAGAACCCUGGCAAGAAAUGAGAGAAUUGCCAAGAAAUGUACGUGGACCUCGACAACGUUGUCAAAAGAUGUUAGAACCAGGGUCUUCGAUUGCCACGAGUCGCCGGAUAUGACUAUUCAGUCCUACCUGGAGAGAAUUUUCCGGUACACCAGAGCUGGACCUUCGGUCUAUGUUGUUGCAUAUGUGUAUAUCGAUCGAUUUUGCCAGUUAUAUUCCGAAUUCCGAAUCAGUCCCCGGAAUGUACAUAGGCUUCUUAUCACAACUAUUUUGGUCGCAUCCAAGUAUGUGGAAGACAUGAAUUAUAGGAAUUCUUAUUUUGCACGAGUUGGGGGAUUGACAACAAAGGAAAUUAACAAAUUGGAGCUGGAAUUCUUGUUCUUGAUGGGGUUCAAGUUGCACGUAAAUGUAAGUGUUUUCGAGAGUUACUGCUGCCAUUUGGAAAGAGAAGUGAGCAUCGGAGGAGGGUAUCAAAUUGAGAGGACAAUCCGAUGUGCCGAAGAAAUCAAGUCAAAGCAAAGAGAACAAAGAGGCUACAGUCAAAUUGCUAGAGUUUUGUUAUAGAAGAUCACCAAUUGAGAGAUGCGACAGAUGUUGAAAUUAAAGAUGCAGAAUGAUUAGCUGCCAGCCAACAACUCAGGCCAAGGAGUGCAGUCAGAAGAGCCGUACGUCGGUCCAAUUGGAAAAUGUUUCUUUUGAGCGUGAGGGAGAGGACUUGAACGCAAGAUCUACCUCUUAGGAUAAUCUAACCUUUUUUCGUGAAAAAUUCUGAAUAAUUUUGAAUAGGCAAGAUCAGCCAAUUCUCAAUUUGGGGAGGACGAG